AUGCUGUCCCGGUGUCAGCUGCUCCCCGGGCGCCCGAUAAUCCACAAUGUAGUCAUCCGCACAGCGCAAUCGACCCGACGAACGUAUGCGACCUCCGACCCGGCGCCCGUGGUGAAGAAUCCUCUACGACGAAAAAAGGGCGGCGACCUCGGCACUCAUCUUCCCAAGCACGUUAUACCGAUCGAUUCAUACAUUCCUGCCUACCCGUAUGGCGACCAUGCAUUAUUCAAGCAGGCAAAUCGAGGCCUAUAUGGCGACCAGAUGAUCCACUUCGGCAACAAUGUAUCAGAGAAGACCGAGACCAAGACACGUCGGGACUGGAAGCCCAAUGUACUCAGCAAAGGCUUAUACUCGGUUGCACUGAAGAAGAAAAUCAAGCUACGCAUUACUUCAAGGGUGCUCAAGACAAUGGACCGGGAAGGUGGCCUCGACGAAUACCUGCUCAAAGACAACGAGCACCGCCUAAAGGAGCUAGGGCCGCUCGGAUGGGCAUUGCGAUGGACUUUGAUGCAAAAGCCUGAAGUCAUUGACCGUAUGCGUGCUCAGGCCUCCGCCCUAGGUGUUGACCAAGCCACCAUCGACGCACAAUGGCCCACACCGAGAAUGCUUAACGAGCAAAGAGUGUUACAGGCAGGGUUCGUCAGGGCUACAGAUCUUGUCGGCGAGGAUGAGCACGAGGAGGCGGAAGAAGGCGAUACGGAGUAUGACAUUACGAGACUAAAGCGGCGCAUCAGGGAGCGAGCCAGAGACGAAUAUUUAGGCAUACUCAAAACUGCGCAUCGAUACUUGGCUCGCCAGCACGUCAACAGCGAAGCAGAGGGCAUCAAACUUGCUUUCAUACGGACCAAGGAGCACAAGGAAGCUUUUAAUCGUUUCCGGAUGAAGCUUGGUCAGAAGCUUGACAAACAGUUCAGCCCACAGGAAAUUGCGGAGGCAAGGGUACGACUCAAGCUGCCUUCUGAGCUCAGUGAUUCUAGGGUUAGAAAGAUUUUGUCCAACGAGCGGAAACCGCAGGAGAUCGAAGAGGCCGGCAGCCACAAAGCAUGGAUAGAUAAAGUCAAUGCUGAGGAGGAUGCCAUCAAGAAUGCCGAGGAGGAUGCCAUAACCAUGGCUCAAUAUGCAGAAGCCAAUGGUGGAAAAGAACUUCCCGAGUCAGAACUCAAGAAUCAUUACGCCAAGAUGAUCGAAGAAGCCGAAAAUGCUGCAAAUAACGAGGAGUUGGACCACUCGCGCAGAGAGUUUCUCAAGGCUGCGAUGGCCAAGGCGGACAAGAUGAUCAGAGAGAGGGGUUCGGGAGGCCAAGGCGCGUGGGUUCAGUCUGCUGCUGAAAAUUACCUACGAGACCUUGCAGAACAAGCCGCAAAACAGUCUGCAAAACAGGCUGCAAGACAAGCUGCACCUCGUGAAGCUUAAGAGGGCGAGUGGUGAUGCUUGGAAUGCACUGGUCAAUUCGAGCUACAGGUCUCUGGAGAUCCGAUCUAAAGCUCAGUCGUGCAUGUAGUGUAUAUUAGAGCUGGUAUGUAACACA